UUGAGAUGAGCAGUGGUGACGAGGAUUAUGCCGGUACAAAAAAGUCCAGUAAUUGCAGCGUAAGGUGUUCAGGAAGACAAAACGAUCGUCCGACCAUAAUGUCAUGAGUGCUUGCAAUUGUUGCUGUUCGGCGCGAGAAUUUCAUUUUCGCAGCAAUCCUGAUUUUACUGUUCGAGAAAAUUCAAGAAGAGACCUAAAUACUUUCACUAAAUCUGCUUAUCAACAUCCAAAUUUAUCAAAAAAUUCAUACAAACAUCAAACAACUUUACCUACAUUCCAGGGCUGGUAUUCUAUAGAGAAUCGUAAAGGGUGGCCAACAGUUACAAAAAUGGCCAACCUCGAAGUCAUCAAAAACCGGUCUCAGGACGCUAUUCACAAUUCCAGAAAUAAUAAAUCGAAAAUUACCGAAAGAAAAUCUGCAAAAGUUCAUACGUUUAAAUCAUUGCGCAGGGAAAAACUUGACGACUCAACUUAUAAAAGUUAUCCAAAUAUUACAUCUAACGAGAAAACGACAGAAAAAAAUUCUCGUUAUAGUGAUCGCAAACAGGAAAAAGAAAUACGGACGAAGAAAUUAAAUAAAGAAAGUGACAUCAGCGGCUUUAUAAAUAAACAACCACUUAAUAAAAUUUAUUCCUGCCGAGAUAUGGGCUUCUCUUAUCAGGCUCCAUUGCAGGAUGGAGACUAUGACAGAUAUUAUACUUUGAAGUAUCCUGUAAGGAGAUCCAGACAACCGACUGCUUGGGAUUUGAGUUCGCGAUCCAACAGGUUGACGGAAUCAGCGAGACUGCUCGAAAGGAGCUCGUUACUGCAAAGGCAAACUUCGCAAUGGGUGAAUGAAAUGGGACCUUCGCUGAAAGCGUUCAGCUCCAUUAUAGGAGCAUCGAUCGAUAAGAGUUACCAGCGAGAGACGAAACGUAAGAACAACAUGAAUCAACGGCGACGAAAUCCAAACGUUUUAGGGGAACGAGAGCUGUCGUGUUAUCGCAGGCCCGGCCUCUUAAAGGAAUCCGGGAAGCUGUGCCAAGUGGUACGCACCCGUGAAGAUAAGCAACGGCUCGACUGCUCUUGCGAAAACGCCGAGCAAGAUGAGACGAUGGGUUACUUGAGAUACUGUUGCUCAAAAAAUGUAAACGAUUUCAUUCGACCACAAUAUGAAAAUCGACCGAGUACAAUGAGCAAACGAGCCAAUUACACAACACUUCGCAGAACACUGUCCCAAUCAGUACAGUCACAAUAUAACGAUGAAGGAGAAUCCGAGUUCAAUUUAUCGAUGGCAGAAGAUUCGCAGAAUGAGGAGUAUGAUAAUUAUGCAUUUGACGUCUUCGACGAUGCGAGGAAUACUUACGACGAUGCGAUCGACGUGAAUUAUUUAAAGCCAUGCGUAUCAUUUCCGGACGAUCAGGCACGCCAUGGCUCGAACGAAGUGGCUCGGGAGUAUAAGAAAUUGAGUAAUGAUUUAAAGCGUAACCAGGGAAAAUCGAUGGCAACGCGGACGACUUUACAAAACAAGAUUACCACGAGAUAUCCUAAGGACAAGGAAUUCUCUUUUGCGACAAGAAAACCUGUGUCGGGGGAUUCUUCAGGAUUAAGAUACGAUGCAGCAGAAUCCACAUGCGAAUGUAAGGAGCCUUUCCACGAUCCUCCAGCGGCGUGUUUAACUGGUUCUUGCACCUGCAUUGGGAAUGACGAAAAUGCAAAAAGAAACGACAGUGAUUCAUCGCACAGGAUAUCUGAUACGGUCUACAACUGUUGUUGCUGCUCCUGCUCGUCAUCUACUUCUCACGACGAAAAGGAUCCGGUAAAGAAACUCGAGUCUUUCUGCGAGAGAGUAAAGGCGGUAAAUCAAGACAUAUUCCGUAAAUCAUCGAAAUCCACCUGUCGCAAACUAACCAGGACUAAUGCGCAGGAAUACGUUCACGAUAAUAGCGACGAGCAAAAUCAAUCCGAGUUCAGCACCCAGAGAGUCACUCAAAGAGUAAGAUCUACCGAGGGAGAACGGUUAGCGAAUCAUGCUUGUUUGAGGCUUGAAAAGCACAGUCACGACGGAGCGAAUCUGGAGAAGAUUUUUAUUUAUCCGCCGCGAGGAGAAAACGGUCCGCCUUUGACGCUCUACAAAAGAUCGUCGAAUAUUAGCUGUCGUGUGAAGGGCGAUGUCGAUACAGGAUUUCGCUAUAGCGUAACAUAUGUGCAAAAAUUUGUAAGCCCAACAUGGAUGCCUAGUUUAACGCCGGAAGAUCCUUCAUGGGAAAUCGAUGAAGGAUAUAGCUGUUCUGCCGAUUACGGCUGAAUCAGUGGUGGGUUCAAUCAAUUUCAUCCAUUCCAAGAUGAAUUUGCUCCGGUCGCAAUCACACGGAGCAAUUGCGUUAAUGGAGAUAGUAUGGAUACACUUUCGCGCCGUUCUUAAAUCUCAUUUUAUCUACUCAAACAGUUGUAUGCAUAAAUUGAAUCGGUCGAUGUAAAACAGCUUAACUUACAAGAGAAAAUUAUUUUAAAGGAUAAAUUAUACGCUUCACACAAUUCUUUAUUUAAUAAAAUCUAGUAUUUUUUUACUAAUAAAU